AUGGCUGAAGACUUCCCCAGCACUAUCACUGAUGAGGCGAGGGCGCGGGCGCCCAUCAGCAGCGAGACGGUCGUAGGAGUCAGUGUGUUGUUCCUUGUACUGUCGACAUUGUUCACCGGGACUCGUCUUUACACCAGGUUUACUGUUUAUCAGCAAUUCUGGUGGGAUGACUGGUCGAUGCUUGUUGCGUGUAUGGGCACGGUCGCCCUCUGCACGCUGUUCAUGUUGAUGUGGCAGCACGGCGGUGGAAUGCACCACCAAGACACGCCCCCCGACGAGUACAAGCGCUACGUCGAGAUCUUCCAGGACCUCCAGAUGGUCGCGCGCACGAGCAUGUUCUUCGCCAAGCUGUCCAUCCUGCUGCUGUACGUGCGGCUCUUCUUCCCCAAGGGCGUGGGCCGCAGCGCGCUGUGGUGGAUCAUCCAGGUCGUCGUGUGGCUCAACCUCCUCUACACGGUGGGCCUGAUCCUCGCCCUCGCGCUGCAGUGCGUGCCGUACGGCAGGGCCUACGGCAGCAGCUGCGUCGACCAGUACAUGGUCCUGAUCUCGGCGUCCAUCAUCAACAUCGUCAGCGACAUACUCGUGCUCAUCAUCCCCAUGGCCUCGCUCUGGAGGCUGAACAUGAGCCGCCGGCGGAAGUGGGCUGUGUGGGCCCUGUUCGCGUUCGGCACACUCGCCCCCCUCUCCAGCAUCGCCCGCCUCGCCUACCAGGUCCCCAUGGCCAACGGCAGGGACACCACGGUGAUCUACAUGGUGGUUGUCCUCCUCGCGCUGGCAGAGCAGGUCAUCGGCAUCGUGGCGGGCUGCGCGCCCGUGGUGAGCACGUGGUUCGUCCGCCUCGUGCUCAACAGGGGCCCCUCCCGAAAUGCCGCCAACAAGAUCAGCCCCGGCGCGGCGGCAAACGCCCCGCGCACGCGCACGCUGACGCAGCGCUUCUGGCCCGACCGCGAGGACGGCCACCAGGGCGGGCCCGAGACGCCGCAGGAGCGCCGCCGGAGGAGGUGGAAGCGGUCUGCCGCGUCGGACCCGUACCCGCUGACCACGACGACGGGCGUGCAGACGACGACGGCAAGCGAGGAGGCGCUCCACCCUGGCUGCGGCUUUGAGGCGCUUGGGCGUGCCGAGUCUGGGUCGGGGCGCGGGCCUGAUGGGAUUGAGAUGGGGGAUGUCAGCCCUGUGACUCCUGUCAUGGUGAGGGGGGGAUUUGAUAAUGCCCGGGUCCCGUAG